CUUUCUGCCCAUGGCGCUGCCGGGGCGGGCAGCUCCCGGCCCGGCCCCGCGCCGGGGAAGGGAAGGGGCCGGGCCAUAAAGUCUCGCGGGCGGGCGCGGGAGGCGCUUUGAAAGAUGGCGGAUGAGGUGGACCAGCAACAAACAACAAAUACUGUAGAGGAGCCACUUGAUCUCAUCAGACUCAGUCUAGAUGAGAGAAUCUAUGUCAAAAUGAGGAAUGACAGAGAGCUUAGAGGCAGGUUACAUGCUUAUGAUCAGCACUUAAAUAUGAUUUUGGGUGAUGUGGAAGAAACUGUGACUACAAUAGAGAUUGAUGAAGAAACCUAUGAAGAGAUUUAUAAAUCUACCAAAAGGAAUAUUCCGAUGCUCUUUGUCAGAGGGGAUGGCGUUGUGCUUGUAGCUCCCCCAUUGAGGGUUGGUUGAAGCAACAAAGGACUUAACCUUCUUGGAAAGUUCCAGACUUUUGGACAGUGGUUCAUGUUUCAAUCAUGUCUCAAAAUUCUGUAUAUGUUUUUUAUAGGAUAUUUUUGUCGGUUCUUUUGAAAAGUGGAGGGAAGGGGAACCAGUUGGUCUUGCAAAAAGUACAUGUAGUCAAUUGAAGCAGUGUAAAACCCAACCAGAACUCAGAAUUAAUGUAAACUGCUGUAAAUUGGCUGCCUUGUCACAUUCAGUAAAAGAAUCCUUAUUUUUUUCUAUCUUGGCAGCAGUACUGUCUUAUUUUUGUUGUUUCAAAUAAAUUUUGGUUUAAUCUUUGA